AUGGGAGGUCUCAGCGAACCCCGAUUCUCAAUGGAGAAGGAUGAUAUUCCGUUAUUUACUCUUAUUGCUGACAUAAAUUCUGUACAAGUAUCGGAUGCUAAAUCUUUCUCUUACCAAAAGUUCAAUUGGCAGAUCGAAAAACCUAACUCGAGCUGUGUUGAUUCCACCAAUUUCAUUAACUUUGUUUCAACACCCUCUUUAUUUAAUGAACAACUAGCUAUAUUACCAUCCGAAAUUAGCACUAGAGUCAUCUUUCUCAUACUUCCUCCUACAACGAUCUCUGGUGUAUAUCAUGGUUUUGAUGAAGUAGCCCUCCGCUCAGCUUAUAGCACAGCACACGAAAUUCUAGAAGCUAAAUACAACGCGAAUGUCAAAUUUGACUCGAGUUCUUACGGGUCUGACCCUACGGUAGCGGGAACUUCACAACUUGUUUUUGAUUUUGGUAUACUCAGGAGAUUCGAAGCCAGGCCUGAACUGCUCUGGACAAUUAAUGAGUGUGGGAAUCGUAAAACUAUGGUCGUAUAUUAUCGCAUAUGGACGGAACAAUCAGACAAAUAUGACUCGGUUAGAAAGUCGCGAGUAGAUGCCAUUCGGCAGAGUGCAGAUACCGUUGCGCAGUCCCUUAUCAACAACUGGAACGAUUUUACGGACCUGGAUACUCAAUCUAUGGAAUCAAAUUUUAAGAAUCCUCGGUUUUCAGAGGCUGAAACGCAAGAAGCCAGAGAUGCAGAUCUCACCUUAGCAUGGAUACAGUCUCGUGGUGCGAUUGAAGACUUUGAAUUGAUCACUCAGAACCUUGAAGACUAUCAAGAAGGUGCAUUAGGCAUUCGUGGAAACGACAAAAUACAAAAUGUGAUUGAACGUCAUCGCAAAAGGCUAAAAAGGGCCCGCGAACUUGAGCAAUGUGCUCGAGACUCACUUUCAUGGAGAGUUGGAAAUGUUGCACUAUACGAAUCGAAAAAAUCGAUUCAGCAAUCCAAAACUUUGGGAAAAUUGUCGGUCCUAGCAUUCAUUUUUCUCCCCAUCACCUUGGUUACAUCGUUUUUCGGUAUGAAUAUAAAUGAAUUGACCGGAAGUGGCGCAUCAUGGAAAGCAUUUUUCAUAGCUGCGGGAAUACUUUGUGGCUUAGGGUUUCUUACAUUUCUAUGGGUAUUCCGAAGAUCGCGCAAUCUUAGUUUAUUAGAAACCCAUUUGCGAUGGCCUGGAACGACUGCUGGACCAGUCGCUAGCUAG